AUGGCGCUUUAUCUCAGCCGGCAGGAAGCCGCCGCGGGGAAUCUCCUCCGCCGCGUUUUUGAGGAUUCUACACCCCGCCAACGCGAGCAACACGCCGAAGUCGUCGUCCGCGCGCGGCUGCUUUUUUCCCAAUUAUUAGUCCAACGCGGGGAGCUCGCGACGGCGGUGGAGGAGCUGCGCGGGGUCCUCGCGCGGAAUCGGCACUGCAGUGCGGGAUGGAGCCAACUCGGGUGGCUGCACGAGCGCCAGGGCGACCACGCCGAGGCCUCCGAGGCCUACCAAAAGGCCUGGGCCCUCUCCCUCGAAAACGACCCCGCCGUGGGCUUUCGUGUCGCGUUUAAUUAUCUCAAAAGCGGCGACCCCGUCCGGGCGAUCGACGUGAGCAAAAAGGUGCUCGCCCGGCAUGCGACCUACCCGUGUAUUGAGGAAGAGGUCCUCAAGGUGGGCUACACAAUGCUGAAACCUUAG